GUGGAGCGAGUGAGCGCCGCGACGGGCUGACACGCGGAGCGACCGGCGGCUGGCGGUGGACGACGCUGCGGCUCACGACCGGACCGACUUCUGCCGCAUGCGUCGGACCCGAUGCUGUUUGAGAUGAUGUCGCCGGGCUACUCGGAGCUACACGACGGCUCGGUGCCGGCGCCGGUGGCGGCCGGCGGCGGCGGCGGCGGUCCGGCCGAGGUGGCCGCGCCGCCCGCGGCGCCGCACUACCACCAGAGCCAGGCGCAGUUCGAGGCCGACAAGCGGGCCGUCUACGAGCACCCUCUGUUCCCGCUGCUGGCGCUGCUGCUGGAGAAGUGCGAGCUGGCCACACAGACCGCAGACGUGUGCUCGGCGGAGACGUUCAGCGCCGACGUGCAGGCGUUCAUCCAGCACCAGCAGCGCGACCGGAAACCGUUCCUCAUUGACCAGCCCGAGGUCGACCAGCUGAUGAUCAAGGCGAUCCAGGUGUUGCGGAUCCACUUGUUAGAGCUGGAGAAAGUGCAAGAGCUGUGUAAGGACUUUUGUAACCGGUACAUUACCUGCCUCAAGGGCAAAAUGCAGAGUGAAAACCUGCUGAGGUCCGACUACUACGACUCACCAGCCAGCUCACCGGGCUCUCACCACAGCAUCAACGGGGCGAGCGAGCAGCUGCUGCACCACCAGGCAGUCCGCGAUAGGGGGAAGGUUCUAGUCUUGGGUCAUGCACAAACUGAGUCGGCUGACGGCGGCGAGACGACGGGCGGAGGCGGCGGGGCGGCAGACGACGGUGGUGGCGGCGGCGCACUGCCCGGGUACACAGGGUGCCGGUCGCCGUCGUCGCUCAGUACGGACGACGACAGCGACCCUGGCGGCCGGAAACAGAAGCGCGGCGUGCUGCCCAAACACUCGACCGAUGUGCUCAAGUCGUGGCUUUUCCAGCACAUGGCGCACCCGUACCCGAGCGAGGCGGAGAAACACCAGCUGUCGGCCGCCACCCGGCUCAGCCUGGUCCAGGUCAACAACUGGUUCAUCAACGCCCGCCGCCGUAUCCUGCAGCCAAUUCUGGGACAGAUGGAGGCCAAGGCCGGCGCCGCCGACCAAUCCGGCGACGACACGUCACAAGACGCCGGCGGCGGCUCGACCUCGUCCCAGGAGCCGGCUGACCUGACCGUCACGUGACAGCCGCGCCCCCGCCCAGUGUUCCGUGCCCGCGCCGCGGGUGACUCAGUUUGUGCCAUGAACCUCAGUGGCGCUCAGUGCGCGGAGUGUGGUGCGUCCACUCGUACCUGGUGAUAUAGAACUAACUCUGUGCCGCUCAGCCAUGUGUGGGCGGCGCGCCGUGCGUACGGGUGUGCGCGCGCCUCGGCGACUUGUGACGCGCCUGGUCCGGGCAUUGGCGCGUCCGUUCAGGAGCAGCCCGUGCCGUCGGGCCCAGUCUAGGACGGAGGGUGACCGCUGGGCGCUCCGUCCGGGCGCCGCAAGUACAUUACAGGAACGGCCGACCGGUGACUCCUAACAGACAAUUGGUUACCUUAACUCGACGAAGACGCCGCGGAACAGAACUAAUGAAUCCACCACCGAUCUAAUCCUGGUCCGAAUUUUAUUCGAAAUCGACUCGCCUCGUGGUCGAUACGCCUGUGUUUUAUUUAGUGUGACACCUCCGUUUGCCCGUGUGAAGCGGCUGCGGUGCCGGCGCUCCGCCACGCCGCGGCCCAAGGCGGGUUCAGGGAUUGCGUUAUCGUUUGGCGCGCGCGCGCGAACCAGACAGGGUGUGCGGUGGCCGCGUCGCGCCACCAGGGUAUUGGCGCGCGCUCGGCCAGCCAGUCGUCUCUCACUUCUCUCUCUCACAGUAAGCUGACCAAGCUGUGAUACGUUUGCGCAUUAGUGUUUAAACUGCGGUGUACAUAGCGACUCGUCAGGCUGUAUAUGCGUGUAUAUCGUAUAAAGCAAUAAAACUGCAUGUUUGA